AAGGGAGCCGGAAAAUGACCUGCUGGCUAGAUGUUUCAUCCAACAUGGUUAUCUCGCCGACACUCCAAGCUCGUCAAUCAUAGUUGAUCGCAAAGCUCUAUUGGAUAACGUUAAGACUUUGUUAGAGAGGGGCGCCAAUCCUAACAUGACUAUCUGCACUUACCAGAUAAGCGAGACCAUAGCCCACCGGAUCCUCGGGAGCGAGGAUAUGAGCGACUUUAUUGAAGGAACAUACACGGAUAUCUGCGGAACGGCUCAAGCAUCAGGUGAAGGGACAGAUAUCGCCACGCUGCAAGGUCCCGAGCUGAGGUCGAUAAUUACUCCAUUCAUUAGGAGUGUUGAACUGGGCGAUAUCGACAUGAUAGUACUCCUUCUCAGACAUGGCUUGCGCUUUAGCAGUCUUAUCGCUCAUUUCGAAGUCAAGAUCUGGGUUUCGGAUUCCAAGGAAGGGUUCUCCUCCGCCGUGCUGAGGAUUCAGCUAGUGCGUGAGUUUGUCUCAAGCUUUGACAUUUCGACAGAUUCCUCUGUCUGUCAAUGGGCUGUCUGCCAUCUCACAGAGACACUGGUGUCGCUCAAGUCCCACCUCAACUUAUCAUGGAAAGGUCAUACGUUUUACGACCAGUUGUCAAAAAGGAUGCAGGAUAGACGCAUGGAAUUUUCUGCUGUGCCGCGACAAGUGAUAGACCUUGUCAAGGAGCAGCCGCAUUUGCUUCCAGCACUUCUCAUUGUGACGCCGCUGAAUCACGUUGCGGUCUCACUAGACGAUCGAGAACUGCUGUCAAUCGGAGCCGGCCACGUCACACAAGACUGUGACUUCCAGGGUGUCACGGCGCUCCAUAUCGCAGUCGGGAAUGUUACGUCCAAAAUGUGCGAGAAACUUGUCAAGCUUGGCACUGAUGUCAACGCCAUGGACAUCCUUGGGAUUACGCCACUCCUAGAAGCUGUGUACUUUGGACACUUGGCUGCCGUUAAGCUGCUGCUCGACACAGGGGCAAAACUUUAUCCCAAAACUCAGAGUUUACUGGUUGGUCGCUAUGAUCCGUACGAAGGGCAGAAAAUACUGUGGGGCCAAUGGCGAGGACUCAGAAACAAGAAUUUUCCGCGCUUUUUCGAACUGGGAUGGUCAAUACUGCAUAUUGCCACCUGGUUUGGUUCCUGGGAUGUCGUCCAGCUACUGAUUGAUCGAGGGGCUGACUUGGCUUUUGAAGAUGCCUCGGGUAGAACUGCACUCGAUUUGUCAAUCGAACUUGCGAGAUCCGAGAUUACUGCGAAGCUACUGGAGAUGGAAGCACCCUUUGAUAGUAGUCACGUAUCGGCCUCGUUGCUACUCGGACAAGCCAUUUUGGAACAGGAACAGAACGUUGCGUAUCAACUUACAGCUCGUGGUGUGAAGCCCAUUCCCACCGACGCACACGCGAUGACGUACACCGAUGGGGACGAACCAGAGUACCGCGAAGAAUCAUUUGUUCGGGGUUCGCUUGGCCCAGAAUCAGUCCUCUUCGUAGGUCAAUUGUGGAAACUUUGUCGCAGGCUUCCGCAGGCUUGUUGCCCGCAUGUCAACACUUCACGAGCAAAGCCUGAUCAACUAACCUUACCUGGAAAAUUCUCAACAACGACAGCGACUUGUAAUAUUUGUCUUCUUUUGAACAACCACAGGAAUCAUUUGACUCCAAAGACGAUACCGGUCGGCGCCAUGAUGUCGCUGUUCAUCAGACAUGUCCGUGAGACCCAGGACUGGCAAUUGAUAUCGAUUGUUUCCAAAUCGAGGUUACACCACACUUUAGCAUACGUGACAGCUUCGUGGCAUGACCUAUUAGCGAAGACAUCCUACCUCGAUCAUCGCAACACCGGAUCUCCAGCAGCUACCGCAACAUCUGUACACUGGCUACUGAACUGCGCUAAUAGCCACAAACUAUGCAAAACAGAGAACUGUGCAUACAUACCAACGAGGCUGGUGGAGAUCCUCAGUGAUCACAAAAUUCGCAUCGUUGAGAGAAUGUCAACUCCAAAGGCAUACGUUGCUCUGAGUCAUCGGUGGGGUCAAGAUGAAGCAUCAAAAACGAUUGAUGGGAAUCUUGCACAAAGACGAGCGUCCUUCUCUGCGGACCAGUUGUCACCAACCCUGCGUGACGCUAUCAAAGCUGUGCGAAGCUUAGGACAUCGAUUCUUGUGGGUCGAUGUGUUGUGUAUCAUCCAAGACUCAGUCGAGGACUGGUUACACGAAGCCUCCGAAAUGAGCCACGUGUAUCGAAAUUCAGUCGUUACCAUUGCGGCAGAAUGUGCAGCUGGUGAAACUGCGGGUCAAGGCAUGUUUCGAAACCGCGAUAUACAACAUUUAAGUCCAUUUCAUUUCCGCCAGCUCGAGCACUUCGCCGACGAGAAUUUAGAGCAUUUGGUCAGAAUCGCCGAUAAAACUGAUCAAGAACUGUACAUCUUCCCGGCUGCGCAAAACAAGCAGCGUGGCAACCGACCUAGGGGAGUGCUAGAUACCAGGGGCUGGAUUCUCCAGGAACAGCUACUGUCGCCUCGCAUUCUGUACUAUGGUCAGCUGCAGGUGUACUGGGAUUGUAUCAGCCAAUCAGCCUCUGAAACAUCGCCAUUAGCGGCAUCACUGUUGAACGACCCCAAUCCUAGUGAGACCUGGGCUUUUAGGGUUCUACGUCGAACAAUCGCGGGCAACAGCGACUCCGACACACUCGCUAGAUCACUGGCAGAUGUAUGGAUACAUGUCGUCCAGAACUACUCAGCACGUUCUCUGACCAAAUCAAGCGACAAGCUAAUUGCACUUCAAGGAGUUAUCACCGCUGUCGAAGGCGCGCUAGGAACCUCGUCUGUGGCAGGAAUGUGGCAUCAAGAUCUUUGGAAGCAACUCAUAUGGUGGGCUUCGGACUCCACUUACGACAAACACGACCUAGACGCAGUGUUUCCCGCCCCAACAUGGUCCUGGCUCAGCGUAAAUGGAGCAGUGCUACACCACCAGUCAAUGCGAAUCGACCGUAACCCAAUUCCACGGCGCCUCAACGACCUCGCACCUGUCCCAGAUCUGAAGUGCGCGAUAACAGGACGACAUAUCAGCGGCACCAGCGUCGGCGGUGAACUGACCCUUGCGGCACCAACAUUCGCCUAUCAUCUCGUCUCCAACGAUCUACGAGAGAUCUCUUGGAAACGCGGACACCCAGCAAAGCUGAAUCUCGCGCCCGCGCGCUGGAUGCUAGACCGCGAUCUCGUACUGCCUCGAGACGUUGAGUGUGUUAUCGUCGCCGAAGACGAAGUAUCGAAGAUGACGGUCGGCAUGUGUUUGGUGCCAGAUGAUAUACAGCCUGGAUAUUGGAGACGCGUCGGUUUGUGCCUCUGGGAUGGGCUGACUUGGCAAAUUGCUCGACAUGUUGGGCGGGAGCUAGAAGUUCGGCGCUUUGCAGUGGUUUGAUCAGGAAUGCGCGAUACACUGCGUCUGUGAAAGGGACAGGGGUACUACUUGCUCAUUCUGUAUAACGGUUUAGUACCUGUGGGUCAAAGUCGCUGCCUGCAUUCUACGUCAAAGGUUUCAUUCUAUCACCAAACCGUUAUCAACGGGCGUUAAUAACGUCACGUCCGAUGGAACUCACAACAUGUCUUCUUCACCCCACGAUUGCGGUACACAUCACCGUC